UUCACGCCUGUUCCGGACUUCUCAGUGGGCCUGCAAGGUGUUGACUUGGAUACCUCGGAAUGGUUCAACUUGAACGUGGAUCACCUUUACAAUGAGUCUGAUGCGCUCCUUCAAUUUCAGGAGUUAGACCCUUCAGUUCUUGGCAUGGACAUAACCAAUAUGAUUACCACGCUGUCAAACUUCACUGAUCAAGAUGGUGCCCCCUCCCCGCUUAAUCAUCCAUUGUUCGAAUACCCUACUACCGUUGCAUCUGCUCCCGUACCUGUACAAGACCUUGACUACUACCAGCUCGCACAGUUUUUUCAAGAUCUAAACCUCCCAAACAAUGGAGCACUCGAGUUCACUGUUCCGCCUCCAUUGCCACCUUCUGCAGCGCUCCAUCAUCAGUUACCUGAUCCAUCUACGGUUCCAGCUCUCCAGAUGCUAUUGCCACGACUUCCAAGCAUACCAGCUGAAGUUACCGCUGGAACUCCAUCAAACACGUCUGUUCAUCUCAUUCCAUUGACUACUGACUCGGAGCAACCAAGCGGUCCUCGCCGUACGGCGCGUCGUCACGUCCCAUCAACACGUGAACAGGCACUCAAUGCUAUUGGGUCAUCAAAGGCGCGUGUCUGUGCUGUGACGGGAGCUCAGGAGGGCAAAGAAAAUGACGGAAUCACUCUCUCAUCUACAAAGCGCAAGGCCAAGCUCACCAAUCAACACGUCAACAAGUAA